CCGGAGAUCAACAAGCACAGGACGGGGAGGAGGAGCACAGCAGCAGCGUCGACAAUCGUGUUGCCCUUUUCCACAGGAACUCUGGUUCUUCUCCUGCUGUGAGACAACCCCAGCGAAAGGGAAGACAGACGCGGUAGCACCUCUAAGCACCAUGGGGGACUCAGCGUAUAGCUUUUCCCUCACAACCUUCAGCAGGACCGGCAAGCUUCUGCAGAUCGAGUAUGCACUCAUGGCCGUUCAGCAGGGAAAGACAAGCCUGGGCAUCAAGGCGACGAACGGCGUGGUGAUCGUGACGGAGAAGAAGCUCCCGUCGGUCCUGAUCGACAGCGACGAGGUGUCCAAGAUCUCCCUGGUGACCCCCUCGACGGGUUUCGUGUACUCGGGCCUGGGUCCGGACUAUCGGGUGCUCGCCCGAAAGAGCCGCAAGCAGGCCCAGGCCUACUACAACAUAUACCGGGAGGUUCAGCCAGUGGGGCAGCUGGUGCGGGAUACGGCGGGAGUGAUGCAGGAGUACACGCAGAGGGGAGGAGUCCGGCCGUUCGGGGUGUCGCUGCUGGUGGCGGGCUAUGACGACGACGGACCGCAGCUCUACCAGGUGGAUCCCUCCGGGGCUUACUUCGGGUGGAAGGCGACGGCCAUCGGCAAGAACUUCGUCAACGCAAAAAAUUUCUUGGAGAAGCGGUUCUCCGAGGAAGCCGAGCUGGAUGAUGCGGUACACACUGCGCUGCUGACGAUGCGGGAGGGUUUUGAGGGGGAGAUGACGGAAAAGAACAUCGAGGACCGCAAGUUCCGCAUCCUAAGCGAACAGGAGGGGAAAGACUUCUUGGACGAAGCUAACUAAGCUUGCUUUCCAGAACUCCAUAAAAGCAAUAAAAAAAGAGCUUUUGUCACAAAAAAAAAAAGUCCUGGACUGUUUUGUCUGUGGAUAGAGAUGGUUUGUUACUGUAAGAAAAAGAUACAGAGAAGGGACCGAUGCCAGUUCGGGGAAGUGCAGCCCUCGGAGUGCCUCCCUCCCUUGAAGCAAGUUUGGAGUCGUGCGGAGAAACAGCGAGGAGUUGAGGUCGUGCCAGAUGAUGGUCGUGUCCGGCACUGUCGUGUGUGCCCCCUUUUGGGCGAGAGAGUCGUGGUCGUGUUGUCGCUUCUCGAGCUUCUGUUGUAGCUAUCCUUCCCCCCAUGGGUUGUUGUGUUGACGACGACGGGACCGCUGCUGCUGACAGGAAUGGAGGGAAAAUGGGCCGGAUCGUAUUGAGGUGGUGACAUUUCUGGUCCUCCUGCUCCCUGAUUGGUCCAACUCGAUCUGUUUCUUUUCCUGCUAGAGGUUAUGCGGCACACGAGCCUGCUUGCAGGAAUGGAGGGAAAAUGAGCCGGAUCGUGUAGAGGUGGUGAUAUUUCUGGUCCUCCUGCUCCCUGAUUGGUCCAACUCGGUCUUUUGCUUUCCUGCUAGAGGUUACGCCGCGCGCGAGGCGAGAAACAGAUUAGUGUUUGGAGAACGGAUGGAGACGUGAAGAAUGAAAAUGCCUUCAUUCCAGCGGCAUCAUCAGGAAACGGAUUGAUCCAUUUUUGAACGGAUUGAGACUUGAAGAAUGAAAAUGCCUUC